UAUGCAAUUUAUAAGAAUUUUAAACCACAGAAAAACUUAGCCGUAAGUGUUGAUUUAGUAUUAUUUUUAACCAAAACUAACUGAAUCAGAACAGAUUGUGUAUUAAUUAUAAUAAACAUCGCCCUCUGCUGGCAGAUAGGAGGUAUUGCAUGCAGCGGUUUCAUGACCAAACACCAUUUUUUUUUUUUUUUUUUUUACUUGCGGUUCUAUAUUUAUAAUUUCGUUUUUGGGAUUAAAUAAAAUUAAAAUAUGCUCCUUUAAAAAAAAAAUAAACCGAUUUUUUUUUUUUAAACCGAGAACAGAAAACGAAUCAAUAGCGAAACAGAUUUCAUUUUCCGCUUCCUCUGACUGACCAAUAGCAGCAAGCCUUAAAAAUAAGCCCCACCCACCGCUGCUAUGCUUCAGAGUCAGAUCAGAGGUGGGAGGGAUUCGCUUUAGCUCAAUGAAAUGACGGGAUAUCGCUUCCUAGUUUGUGUUUUAUAGCUCACCGGUGUUAAAUAAACCCCUGUGGACCAUUUUAAAUAUUAUUUUUUGAGCACAAUUGUUAUUUUUCACUUAUUCAUUUCGUUUUAUUUUGUGUACAAGCUAACAGGUUUUAGCUCUUCUACCGAGUGAACAUGAGUGAUCCUUGGCAGGAAUGCACGGACUUCUGUGUGGAGGUCACCAAACGGGCUGGAAAGAUGAUCUGCGAGGCGCUCCAGAAGGACAUAACCAUCAUGCAGAAGAGCUCCCCGGUUGACCUGGUGACCGAGACGGACCAGAGGGUGGAACGCCUCAUUAUCUCCUCCAUUAAGGAAAAGUACCCGACGCACAGCUUCAUCGGUGAGGAGUCUGUAGCGGCGGGCGCUCCCAGCGUUCUGACCGAUAAUCCCACCUGGAUCAUCGACCCCAUCGACGGCACCACCAACUUCGUCCACCGGUUCCCGUUUGUGUCCGUGUCCGUCGGCUUCACGGUGAAGAAAGAGAUAGAGUUUGGGGUUGUGUACAGCUGCGUCGAGGACAAAAUGUACACAGCGCGCAAAGGGAAGGGGGCCUUCUGCAACGGAGAGCCCAUCAAAGUGUCUGGACAAGAAGAUAUCAGCAAAUCUCUGGUUCUGACAGAAAUGGGCUUCAAGGAAAAUCCAGAACACUUCAAUCGGAUGUUGGCCAACAUCAGGACCAUCCUGACCAUCCCCGUUCACGGAAUUCGCUCCCCGGGCAGCGCGGCGGUGAACAUGUGCCUGGUGGCGUGCGGCUCGGCCGACGCCUACUAUCACAUGGGCAUCCACUGCUGGGAUAUGGCAGGAGGGGCGGCCGUGGUUAGGGAGGCGGGCGGGGUGAUCGUAGACAUUUCAGCCCACAGGGCGGCUGAAGAACCGACUUUCACAGUGCUAACAGCUGAAAUGUGUCUCGUCAGGCGUGUGCAGGUCAUUUGGAGAGCUAUUAAAAGACUCGGCCCUGACAGUAACUGUGGAUGAGCCUUUUGUUUGCAUGAUAACAGAAGAUUUUUCAAAUGUUGUUUCUAAUGAAGUGUGAAAUUCGCACUCGGCUUUUGUCCACCAGCUAGUACAAAAGUGUGGUCCUAAUGAAGGAGCGGCAGCUGGUUUCAAUGAGGGGUGAAAGAUGUUUAAUGGUGGAGACGAGUCCAGCUAAUGAGUUAUAACUGUUAAGCAUAAAUUGUUAGUGGUUUUUAUUAAAAGCAUGUUUUCACUGGAAAUUUAGAUAUUGUAUUUUUAUUCAAAAGAAGACCACAAAAAAAUGAUGCAACAGCAUUUCAAUUCCUCUGAAGUCUCAUCACUUUUCCCUGAUAGAUUUAUUUUUCCUGAAGUUGCUCAAAGUAAAAAAACAAAUUUUCCAGUAAUAUGUUCAUGUCUAUGCAAAAUAAACUGCAUCCACUGCUGCCUUCCUUACAAUUACUUCAGUAUGAGAAAAAACGUGCAUCAUUUGAUGAAUCCUGUAAGUCAGGAGUAUCAAACUCAAUCGCACAAGCGGCCAAAAUCCAAAACAC